AUGGCCACCCUUCAGUAUAAACAAAAUAUAAAUUGGCUAAGUGGACAAACAAAAGUUCUAUUAGGCUUAAGAGGUCGAUAUGCAGAUGUUUUUAGAAAAACUUUUAUUGAAGGUAUAAAGGAAGACAACGAAGAAAGCUGCUUUAAAUUUGUCGCAGAUAAGAUGAAUCGAAUGUCAUUAUUUGCCGAACAAAGUGCAUUAUUUCGACCAAGUCAAGUUAAAUCCAAAUAUGAUAACCUUUUUAAACAAGUAAAGACGUUAAUGGAGGGAAAAGGGGACCAGAUUUCCAACGAUGCCAGCGAAUAUUUUGAGAAUGUAAAGCCAUUUCUGAAAGAUGAUGAGUUAUGGAAGGAUGAAAAAAAUAACCAAAAGAAAGGAGGUAUCGAAGAAUAUGAAGCGACCGCACUUUCUAAAAGCAGUUUAAAAAGUUCUACCAAAAGAAAAAUAACUGAUGACGCUCAAGGAAAUCAAAGACCGCGUAAAAGAUUAUUGACUAAUGAUUAA